CCAGUACCCAUUUUCCGGAUUAUACCGACUUGUGCCCAUAAUGGCUCUUGCAUGUUUCAAAGUUCCUUCUUUUUCUCCUUCCGCCGUUGAUGGCGAGGGUCUCCGAAGAAACUACACUUCUUUGCUUUCUUCUUCUUCUUCACUGAGUCUUGCGAAGAUCAGUGGAAGCAGAAGAAAUUUCGUGGCCAAUGCAUCACCUCAGACGAAUUCUGCUGCCACAGCCGUUAUUUUCGAACCAUUUGAGGAGAUCAAGAAGGAGGUCCUUUCUGUUCCCGUUGCUCCUAAAGUUUCUUUGGCUCGUCAGAACUACCAAGAGGAGUGUGAAGCUGCGAUUAACGAGCAGAUCAAUGUGGAAUACAACGUUUCCUAUGUGUACCACUCCAUGUUUGCGUACUUUGACAGAGACAACAUUGCUCUGAAAGGCUUUGCCAAGUUUUUCAAGGAAUCAAGUGAAGAAGAAAGAGAGCAUGCUGAGAAACUUAUGAAAUAUCAGAACGAUCGUGGUGGACGAGUGUUACUUCACUCUAUCAAGAAUCCCCCCUCGGAUUUUGAGCAUGCUGAAAAGGGAGAUGCAUUGUAUGCUAUGGAAUUAGCCUUGUCUUUGGAGAAGUUAGCAAACGAGAAACUACUGAAUGUGUACAGUGUUGCGGACCACAACAAUGAUCCUGAAUUGGCUCACUUCAUUCAGAGCGAGUUUCUCCGUGAGCAGGUUGAAGCAAUCGAGGAGAUAGCGAAGUACGUGGCUCAGUUGAGAAUGGUUGGAAAGGGUCACGGCGUGUGGCACUUUGAUCAAAGACUUCGUCAUGAUGCGUGAGGUGCAUGCAGGAUGACAAUAAGAGACGAUUGCUUUACUCUAGUUUGGUGUGCGAGUU